CGUCUUUUUACGAAAUUAAUUUUAGACGGAGGCCGUUUCUGCUCCAAACGGUUACUUUGUUUUGUGCAACACCCGGUUUUGCUCAACAUUCAUGAAUUAGUAAACAAACCAGUUUGGCCUUAGGAACCAGGCAACGUAGCCAAGAAUAUUAUCGAUAUUUGCAUUCGAAUUUAUGAGAAACUAUGCGGUGAAACGAAUUGUUGAUGUAGUUAAAAGGAGAGCUGUACUGUGCUGUAGAGCUGUGAAUCCAAACUUUAUGUCUGUAUCAAGUACUCAGGUUUGUUCAUCAGAACAACAAUUCAGCUAUACUGAAAAGGACUUCUACUGGCGUUGCCGUAAUCAUAAUUGUGAUGAAAUACAAAAUGAGCUGACAAUAAGCAAGGUGAUGUUUGAACUUAUUCCAAAGCAUAGGAGUGCAGUGACAAGUGAUCAACAUGUUUUGAUAAUAAACAAUAGUCCUAUUGAAUAUGGCCACUCCCUUUUGGUGCCGAGCAUAAAUUCUUGUCUUCCUCAGAUAUUAACUGAAGAGGCACUAUUACUUAGUAUGGAGACGGCCAUGUUGAGUAGUCACAGAGGACUCCGGGUGGGUUUCAACAGCUUGUGCGCAUAUUCAUCCGUGAAUCAUCUACAUUUCCAUAUUUGGUACAGUGAACACCCUUCCUAUCUUGAGACAGUGGAUGUGAUACCUGUCUGUAAAGAUGUGUUUGAAGUUAGAGACUAUGCAACAAAUACGCUUGUCUUUGAGCUGGGACCACAAUCUGAUGUUAGUUUGUUAGCAAGGAAAAUACAUCAAGUAUCGUCAUAUUUCGUGGAAAACGAAGUAGCGCACACCUUCCUUAUUCUACGGGGGAGUAAAUGCAGCCAAAGGACUCAAAAUGGCGAGUUUGUUAAUGGAGGAAACAGCCAUCCUGUGAUCAGAGUCUUCCUUUGGCCUCGAAACCCAGUCAGCGGUAGCCAGGUGAAGAGUUCUUAUGAUGCGGACGAACGACCCACUGCUGCCUUUGAAUUUUCUGGAUACGUUUCAGUAGAGACGAGAGAGACCUACGAUCUAUUCAAUGAAGAACUCUUCUGUAAAUACAUGAAAGGUGCGACGUUACCAGAAGAGGAGUUUACGAGGCACAGAGAGAUAAUACGAGAAUUAUUGAAUAAGUAGACGCGUCUUUUAACCGACGUAGUCAGUUAUAAGACUGCAAUUCUAAUUGCUUGGUUCUUGCAUUUUACAUUUUACAUUUUAGCUAUUCGCUGAUACACCGAAAAUGCUCCAUCAUUAACUCCCCCAAAAAAACAAACAAACAAACAAAAACAAACAAAAGAAACAAAAAUUCGAAGUUUGGACAGUUCAGUGUGGCUAUUUGUUGCUCCGUAUUUUUGCCCUG